UGAUGUAUUUAUUGAUCGAGAUGCACUUAAAAAUGCCGUUGCCUAUGGAUCUACUGCUAAUACGGAUCAUAACCUAAACUUAAUGAUCAACACGAUCUUGGAUGCAUUCUUCACACAAAGCCAAUUGGCAGGCUAUAGUUUAUCGGGAAAGGCGUGCCCAAAUAUGAAGGGGAGUAAACCGAAGCCCAAGAUUCCCUCAAACAUCAUUCAAGCUCUCAAAAAUUUUGUGCGAAGAAAUUGGAAAGAAUGGUACAAAUUGGUACCAACUGACAAAGCAAUAAACAGUGGCGUGGGUGCUAAACUUCGUUCAUGUCAUACGGCAGCUAAGAACAAACGAAAAAAAUCAUCACUUACCAAACAGCCUUUGUUUAUCGGAGAUAAUGACAGCGAAGAUGACAACGGUAAUUCUAAAGAUGGUGUUGACGAUAACGAAGACAAUAUUUCCGUACGUAGUUCUGAUUUUGAAAAUGAAGACUCGUCAUCACAAGCUGCCGAAGAAAACGACGUUAUCUAGCUUAUAUGUGUUCUCCACUGUCAUUUAUCAUCUUCCACAGCUUUUGGUCUGAUUGUCAACUUGAUUUAUUUAUUAUUCCAGUUUCGGCGUUUUAAUAACCUGCCCCUUUUUUAUAACCGUUAGCUUUUAUUGUUCGUCGUUGAUAUUAUGUAUACUGCCUCCGGCCUCUCUACUUACGGUUAAUUUUCUUUGUGACUUAUUUAAUUAAGUCAUAUAUGGAAGAGUUUUUGUAUGCGCAAUAACAAACUCAUGUGCAAUAAACAGAAAUAAAAAUGAA